CGCCUCUCCGAUUCUCAUCCCUUGGUCCUCUGUUUCAGAAAAUUCAUAUUGUUCUGAAAUUUUUUUUCCCGUUACUUCUGAUAAAUUCACGUUUUCAAUCUCAUUUGGAGGAAUUCUGUGCAAACUUAUGGGCUAAUGAGAGAAUCCCAUCUCUAUUGAAUUCUGAGUAACAAAUUUUUUGCUAGGUUUUGCUAUGAGCUUUGCUGCGCUUUCCUGAAGUAAAGAUUGGUUCUUUGGGGUAAAAUUUGCAGUCUUUGAAAAUAUUUCGUCUUCAAUGGCUUCUCUUCGAUUAUUUGCAACCAGCAUCCCAACGUCUUUGUUGCACCCCACAAAACCCUUGAUCUUCAUUGCAAAGCAAGCAAAUUUCGUUUUCUUUUGUAGACCUAGACCCAUUUCCUUCCAGAAAAUCCCCACGAAGAAAGUACCUCAGCUACAAUCAUCACCAUCGCCUCCUUCCAGCACCGCAAACUUGCAACCCAUUGAAGAGCUUCCUCCAAAGCUCCAGGAAAUCGUCAGACUGUUCCAGUCUGUACAGGAACCUAAGGCCAAGUAUGAACAGCUUAUGUUUUAUGGGAAGAACUUGAAGCCGCUGGAUACCCAGUUCAAAACUAGCGCGAACAAAGUGGAGGGUUGUGUCUCUCAGGUCUGGGUCAGGGCCUAUCUUGAUGAAGGUAAGAACGUUGUGUAUGAAGCAGAUUCUGAUUCUGUACUCACGAAGGGGCUUGCUGCUUUGCUUGUUAACGGCUUGUCUGGUAGGCCCGUGGAGGAAAUUUUGAGAAUAUCUCCAGAUUUUGCUGUGCUUCUUGGGCUGCAGCAGAGCUUGACGCCUUCCAGGAAUAAUGGAUUCUUGAAUAUGUUGAAGUUGAUGCAAAGGAAAGCGCUUGAGUUGGUAAUGGAGGCUGAAAAGGGUGGUGGCUCUUCAACUUCAGGGCCUAAUUAUGUUGAGGAUCUGAGUUCUGGACCAAGCAGUGAUAGAAGCUCAAUUGGGAGCGCAAAUGCUGAUGGUGAUGGUAAGGAUUUGAGUUCUGAGAAGGGGAGUGAGAGAAAUUCUAGUACGAGUUUGAAUUGGGGUGGUUUGGGGAGUCGAGGAAUGAGGAUAAAGGAGAAGUUAGAGAAAGAGAUUAGUCCUGUUGAACUUGAAGUGGAGGAUAUUUCUUCUCAGCAUGCUGGGCAUGCUGGUGUGAGGGGCAGUGAUGGGGAGACUCAUUUUACUGUGAGAAUCGUUUCAAAGGAAUUUGAAGGGAAGAGUUUGGUUAAGAGGCAUAGGUUAAUAUAUGAUCUGUUGCAAGAGGAGUUGCAGAGUGGAUUACAUGCAUUAUCAAUUGUGGCAAAGACACCUUCAGAAGUUGAUGCUAGAUGAAGAGAAGUCAUGGAAUAGGUUUCAGUCCAUACUUUCUUUGAUUCUAUAAUUUUUGUUUUUUCUCAUAGUUUUGUGCUCUUUAUUAAUUAAUUAAUAUGAGGAAUGAAGUCACAGGUUCUUAAAAUGUUACUAUGUGAACAUUGUAUUUUGGAAGAUUUUCAAUAAUGCAUGAAUGAGUUA